UGCUUGAAUCUUUUUCGUGGAUGAACUUGGCACCUUGAUUUUUCUGGAUGAAGCGGACUGUAAUGGUUCCAAAAUAACAGGGCUUGUCAAAAUGAUAGACGGACAGAGAAGAGAGGCGCCUCACUGGGCGAUGCUGUCGUUUGUAUUUUUGUUGUGCUUUUCCCGUGGAGCUUAUUGUCAAAUACGCUAUUCUAUCGCGGAGGAGUCGAAAGAAGGUUCUUAUGUGGGAGAUGUAGCAAAGGAUUUGGGGUUCAGUGUGGAUAUACUGGCGGAGCGAAGGUUUCGGAUUGUAUCUGGCUCUAAGGAAGGUCUUUUGCAGAUAAACCAAGAUAAUGGCGUGUUGUAUGUGAACAGAAACAUCGACAGGGAGGAGCUGUGUGAGAAAAUCAGUGUGUGUUUAAUCAACCUAAAAACCGUCGCCGAAAAUCCAAUGGAAAUACAUUAUGUUGAGGUUGAAAUUACGGAUAUAAAUGACCAUUCUCCCAUUUUUCCAGAAAAGGAGAAACACUUAGAGAUUGCAGAGAAUGCUGUGCUCCAAGGAACGCGUUUUCCUCUUGACGCUGCGCGUGACCCUGAUGUUGGAGCAAAUAGUCUCCGUAAGUACACUCUCAGUCAAAACGAUAACUUUGACUUAGAUGUUAAAACUCGCGGUGAGGAUAAAAUUCCUUUUCUGAUUUUGAAAAAGACGCUAGACAGAGAGCAGAAACCUGAAAUUCGACUGAUUUUGACUGCGUUUGACGGAGGUGAGACAGCUAGAUCUGGCACAGUCAAUGUAACAAUACAUGUGAUUGAUGUCAAUGACAACGCACCAGUCUUUGACAGACAGGUGUAUACGGUAACUUUAUAUGAAAAUCCUCCCGUAGGUGCCUCAGUUCUAAGAUUACACGCCACGGAUAUAGAUGAUGGCGCCAACGGACAGGUUAUAUACACUUUUGAUAACAGUCUUAAAAACAAAGCGUUCGAUUUAUUCGAGAUAGAUGAUGUUACAGGUGAGAUCACUGUAAAAGGAUUAAUAGACUUUGAAGAGCAGAGUGUUUAUGAAAUUGACAUGCAGGCCUCUGACAAAGGUCCAGUUACAUUGACUGGUCACUGUAGUGUUGUUAUUAACGUGAAAGAUGUAAAUGACAACGCACCUGAGAUGGACGUGACGUCCCUAUCAAGCCAAGUCCCCGAGGAUGCACGACCCGGUACAGCGGUAGCUCUUAUCAGCGUGUUUGAUAUGGACUCUGGUGAAAACGGCUUAGUUAUAUGUACAAUCUCAGACAACAUCCCUUUCGAAUUAAAACCGUCCUUUCAGAAAAAUAUGUAUUCGUUGAUUACUAAAAGCAGAUUGGACAAAGAGUCAGAGCCUGUGUACACAGUGACUAUAACUUCUACAGAUAAAGGAGUCCCAUCACUUUCUUCCCACAAAACCAUCACAGUCCAUAUUUCAGACGUUAAUGAUAACAGUCCUGUGUUUUCUCGGAGUCAGUAUAUUUUUUAUGUACCGGAAAACAAUGUUCCACACGCGUCUGUGUUUUCCAUGAGUGCCUCAGAUAGAGACCAAGAUGACAACGCUCGUGUGUCGUAUAACAUUUGGAAAAGUGAUGGCGACGCUCCUACUAUAUCCUACCUAAAUAUUAAUUCUGAUGAUGGUAGCAUUUACGCGCUAAAAAGCUUUGACUUUGAAACACUUAAAACAUUCCAAUUCCAAGUUGUAGCUACAGACUCUGGAACUCCGUCAUUAAGCAGCAACGUCACAGUGAAUGUGUUCAUUCUGGAUCAGAACGACAACGCUCCAGUGAUCUUGUAUCCAGUCAGUGCUAACGGUUCCACUGAAGGUGUGGAGGAGAUUCCCAGCAAUGUGAACGCAGGCCAUUUGGUGACUAAAGUGAGAGCCUAUGACGCUGAUAUAGGAUAUAACGGCUGGUUAUUAUUUUCACUGCAGGAAGUUACUGACCACAGUCUCUUUGCUUUGGACCGCUAUACAGGACAGAUAAGGACACUUCGGUCAUUCACAGAGACCGACGAGGCUGAGCAUAAACUGGUCAUACUGGUAAAAGACAAUGGGAACGUUUCACUCUCAGCAACAGCUACUGUGAUUAUCAACGUUGUGGAGCCCAAAGAGGCUUUUGCAGCUUCUGAUGUUAAAAGCGCAGUAAAAGACGAGGAGGAGAACAGCGUUACAUUUUAUUUGAUCAUCACUUUGGGGUCAGUUUCAGCACUUUUUAUCAUCAGUAUCUUCGUGUUGAUUAUAAUGCAGUGCUCCAAAGCCCCAGACGAUUCCUCCAAGUAUUUACAAGAUGUGAAUUACGACGGGACACUGUGCCACAGUAUCCAGUACAGAUCCGGAGACAAACGGUACAUGUUAGUUGGACCCAGAAUGAGUAUAGGUUCUACUAUAGUCCCGGGCAGCAAUGGGAAUACUCUAGUGGUACCUGACCACAGGAGGAGAGCUUCUGGAGAGGUAAGGAGAUUAAUACGUUUUUAUACAAGUCACGUACAUCGUACAUGGUCCCCAUAAACCAUGUAGACUGAGCUGUACAGUGCAUUGAGUGUCUCAAUACAAUCAUACUAUCUUGGGCAUUUUUUAACUUGCUUUGCUGUUUAGGUUUGUGUUCUGGUGUAUUUGUUUUAGUACUGUAAUUCACGACAGUCUAGAGGGAAUCGUCUUGCAUUUCUGUUUUGUAAUUCAUCAAGUGUCCUUUUUAUACCAUAUUUCUGCUCUAGAAUAGUAUGUGUGGGACAUGCUAAAUCAAUCUAAAAGGAAUUCAAAGU